UUUGCAGUUACGCCGUCGCGUGAAUGACGUCAUCAAUAUUGGCGGCAUUUUGAAAAGGAAAUAUUUUUGUUGUGGCGUAAUUCAGUGCGUUCAACUUCGUCAAAUAUGGAUGAACUUACACAGGGAAACCAAGCUCUACCUGGACUGUCAGAAGCUGCCCAGUUGGAACUAAUGAACCAAUGUGAGGAGCAGUUUGCUCAUCUUGAAAAGCUUCAAAACAAAAUUAUCCAACAUGAGCCAAAGCAAUGUGAAAAUACUCAAGAGCAGUCAGUUAAUCGGCUAUUAGCAACAGAAGCGGAAAUGAAGCAGUGGCUCACGGUGGAACCAAGAUUGCUGGCAGAAAACUCUGAAGUGUUACUUAAAGCUGGAAAAGAAGAGAUGCUCAAGCUAUGCUCUGAACUUGAGAUGGUUCUCUCUUGCUACGAAGCAAAGCGAGACAAACUACGAGAAACUAAAGAGCUUGAAUUCAAGUGGUUGGAGGAAAAGAGGCAGGCGCUACAGGCUGUCACUGACCAUGCUAAGCAACUUCAAAAUAAAAGUGAGAAAUUAUCAGAGCACAGUGUUGUGCUUGAAACAAAGGAGAAGAUCAGCAGAAUGAAAGCCUACAACGAAAACCUGAUGGAAUCUCUGGGGGACAUCCUCGAAAAACAUGUUCCUCCUCCUAGCGGUGAGAAGAAUAUUUCAAAUGUUCUAAAUGAAGACUUGAUUUCCCUUGCUGAUAUUCUGGAGCUGCUCAUGAACAAGGCCCUAAAGACGCCACAUGACCCUUAUGUGACAGUCGACUCCACUUUCUGGCCACCGUAUGUAGAGAUGCUACUCCGACAUGAUAUGGCUGUCAGACAUCAGGAGAAUAACUUCAAGAUUCGCCUGGAAACGUUUUUCUGAAGCUGUGCUGUAUUUGGCAUGAUACUAAAUGGACCAAUCCUGGACCUGUUUUUCCUUUUUAU